AUGCAACUAAACAUCAUAGAAUCAAUACAACAACAAAGCACAGGUUUCAACUUCAAUUCAUUACUUCCCUUACAAAAUCAUGUCUAUUUAGCCACUUCAACAGGUUCAAUUGUUAUAUAUGAUAAUCAAUUACAACUAAUUAAAACAAUUGAAAAUUUCAACAAUGGUGCUAUUGAUAAGAUAUUAAGUAUACAGGACACUCUGAUAACAUUGAGUAAUGGGAUAGUAUCAAUUUAUGACUUAACCACUUUACAAUUAUUAGAAUCAUUACCUUUUAAACAAGUAUUAAAUAUAUCAAAAUAUAAUGAUUUUUUAGGUAUAUCAACAAAAUCAUUAAUAAUAAUAUAUCAUUAUACUCAGGGACAAUUUGAAGUUAUUAAACAAUUCAAAACAAUGGAUAAACCAUUGGAGUUUGAGUUUAUAAACCAAGAUUCCAUUAUUUAUGGUUCAAAUUCUCAAUUUUAUUACUAUAAUAAUAAUCAAUCAAUUAAAUUACCAUUUAAAUCGCAAUUUUCAAUAUUUAAUCAAAUUUCAAAUAUAAUACCAUAUGAUGGUAUAGUCAUAUUGAAUAAAGGCUCUCAAAUAUUGAAGUAUAACUACAUUGAAAACACCUCCACAACAAUUAACUUAUCAUUCAUACCAAAUCAUAUAAUUUCAAUAAAACCUUUCUUAAUAUGUUGUACGAAAAAUCAUAUACAUAUCUUAGAUUCAAAUCAUCUAAGUUUAUAUCAAACAAUUCAUAUACCAACAAUUCAACAAAUUUCAUAUAUUAAUAAUGAAAUUAUAAUCAUAUCACAAAAUAAAAUCCAUCAAUUUAAAUUAUCUUCAUUUGAUAAAAUUAUAAAUCAAUUAACCAAAUUAGAUCAAUCUAAAUCAAUUGAAUUUAUAAAUCAAUUAUCCCCAUCACAAUACCCUGAAAAAUCAUUGAAAUUAAGAUCUUUAGAAAUUGAAAUUGCUAAAACUCAAUUUUAUGAACAAAAUUAUAAAUUUGCUAUACAAAAAUUUAUUGAUUUUAUUGCACCACCAAUGAUUGUUUUAAACCUUUAUCCUUCAUAUUUGACAGGUAUAAAAUCAGAUAAGGAACAAGAAGAACCACAGAUUGACAGCCAAGCUAUAUCUUAUUUAAUCAAUUAUUUAUCAGAUAUAAGAAGAAAAUUUAAUAAAGUUUUGGGAUCACAGGAUAAUACAAUUGAAUUCUUAGACUCUAAAUUAAAUAUUGAAUCAUUCACUCAAGGUACUUAUUCAAUUAAUGAAAUUCAAUCAUCAGUGGAUACGGCUCUUUUCAAAUGUUAUUUAGAAUUAAAUAGUGGAUUAAUUGGUUCCUUAGUAAGAAUUGAUAAUUAUUGUGAUCCAGAUUUAGUUAUAAAUACUUUUAAAUCAAAAAACAUGAUUAAUGAAUUGAUUGAUUUUUAUAAUAAAAAAAGCAUGCACAAACAAGCUUUGGAAUUGUUAUUUGAAUUAUCUCAAGAUUCAAAAGACCCGGGGGCAAUUGUUUCUUAUAUUCAAAAAAAUUUAAAAAAUGAUCACUUAGAUUUGAUUUUGGAAUAUUCAGAUUGGUGUAUAUCAAUUAGUGAAUCAUGGGCAAUUGAAAUUUUUAUAAAUUCUCUUUAUUCAGAAACUUUUAAUAAAUUUAAAGUUUGGAAAUAUUUAAAUACCAAAUCAAUAAAUUUGGAGAAAAUUUAUCUUGAAUUUAUUAUUGAAGAAUUAGAUGAACAAUCAAAAAUUUUAAAUACAAGAUUAAUUGAAAUUUAUUUUGAAUUAUUAUCAAAUGAUACAAAACCUGAAUCAAUUUAUUUUAACAAAUUACAAAAAUCUUUACAAUUUCAAAAUUAUGAUUUUUUGAAAACUUUAGAAAUUUUAUCAAAAUAUCAAGAAAAUAAUUCAUUAAAUUUAUUGAAAACUUUUAUAUUGAAAAAUUUAGGAAAUCAUAAAGAAUCUUUAAACAUCCUUGUUAAACAAUUAAAUUCACCACAUGAAGCAAUAAAUUAUGCUCAAAGUUUAUUCAAUACAGAUGACGAUGCACAAAAAUGGGUAUUAUUCUUGAUAAAUUUAUUUUGGGAUUAUAAUAAAGAUAAAUCUUCAAUAAUGGAAUUAUUAUCCAAAUCACAAAAUUCAAUCCAAUUAAUUGAUAUAUUAAAUACUUUACCAAUUGAUUUAAAAAUUUCUGAAAUUGAACAAGUUUUAAUUAAAAACUUAAGAUUACAAAGAAAAUUUUAUACAAAAUCGUUAUUAACCAAAAAUUUAUCAACUUUAGAAGCUUUAAAAAUUGAAGAUGAAUUAUUUCAAAAACAAAGUGGUUCAGUAGAGAUUAUAUUGAAUGAAACUAGAUGUAAACAAUGUAAUGCAUUUUUAGGGAAUAGUGUUUUAAAAAAAUUCCCAAAUAAUGAUUUAAUACAUUUUGGUUGUUUGAAAAAUUAUGAACAAGAAUUGGAAUUUAAAAUGAGGUCUAGGAAAUUGAAAACUAUUAAAUUAAAAGAUUAUAAACUUGAAGUUUGA